AUCAUCAUCAUCAUCAUCAUCUUCGUCAGCAGUGCCACCGUCGCCCAGAGUGGCCAAGAAGAUUGUCGAAGCAAAGUCUGCCGCUGUCGCUUCAAAGAUGCCAAAGAUUUACACCAAGACUGGCGACAAGGGCACUUCGGGCUUGUUCACGGGCGAGCGGCGACCAAAGGACGAUGCCGUGUUUGAAGCACUCGGCGCCACCGACGAGCUCACGAGCGCACUGGCAUUGGCUCGCGAGUUUACCCUCAGCGUCAACGAAAACCUCGCCGAGCAGUUUGAGACGAUUCAAUGCGUUCUGCAGGACAUUGGCUCGAAUGUGGCCACUCCGCGCACGACGGAAGACAAGGCACGAAAGGGAUUCACCGAGUUUGAUCCGACUCAAGUCGAGGAGCUCGAGCAGUGGAUUGAUGCAAUGGACGAGCAGUUGCCUCCCUUGCGCAACUUUAUUCUUCCUUCUGGAGGCAAAGCAAGCAGCGCCAUUCACAUUGCGCGCAGCAUCUCUCGUCGUGCAGAGCGCCGAGUGGUGCCCUUGGUCCGCGAUGGCGAGGCCGACGAGGCUGCCGGUCGGUACUUGAAUCGAUUGAGCGACUACUUGUUCACCGCAGCACGCUAUGCUGCCAUGCUGGAACACAAGCCAGAGAUUGUUUACAAGACUCGCGCAAAAGUGCUGGAAGAGCGUCGCGCAAAGACUGUGUCCCAAAGCAAAUCUUGAACGUGGUGAAUUGAUUGUACAUGCAGAUUUUAUGUGACAAAGUGUAACAUGCACUAACAAAACAAACGCGCAAAAACUCGGCCCGCUCAAGGAGCAGGCAUGCUGGCAAAAUUCACGCCGA